CCUUCCUAUGGGAGGGAGUGUCAAAAUGGUGGAGGAAACAUUGAAGCUUGCCUAUGGAGACGACUCUGAAUUUAUCAAAGACAAAAGAAUAGCUGCAGUUCAAGCUCUGUCUGGAACUGGAGCAUGCCGAAUGUUUGCAGACUUCCAGAAACGUUUUUGUCCCGGUUCACAGAUCUACAUUCCUGUACCAACCUGGUCCAACCACCACAACAUCUGGAGAGAUGCAGAUGUCCCUCAGAAGACAUAUCAUUACUAUCAUCCCGAAUCCAAGGGCUUGAAUUUCUCAGGAUUAAUGGACGAUGUGAAGAAUGCUCCGGAAGGCUCGUUCUUCCUCCUUCAUGCUUGUGCUCAUAAUCCUACUGGAGUAGACCCUACAGAUGAACAAUGGAGAGAGAUAUCACAGCUCUUCAAGGCCAAAAAACAUUUUGCAUUCUUUGAUAUGGCCUAUCAUGGUUUUGCUAGUGGGGAUCCAGCGAGAGAUGCCAAGUCCAUUAGGAUCUUUCUUGAGGAUGGUCAUCAUAUUGGAAUUUCUCAGUCCUAUGCAAAAAACAUGGGACUCUACGGCCAGAGGGUCGGAUGUCUCAGCGUGCUUUGUGCAGAUGAAAAACAAGCCGUGACUGUGAAAAGUCAGUUGCAGCAACUAGCUAGACCAAUGUACAGCAACCAACCUUUACAUGGAGCUCAAAUAGUCUCAACCAUUCUUGGAGACCCAGAGUUAAAGAGUCUGUGGCUAAAGGAAGUUAAGAUCAUGGCUGAUCGGAUUAUUGGCAUGAGAACUACUUUGAGAGAAAGCCUUGAGAAGUUAGGAUCGCCUCUAUCAUGGGAGCACGUAACCAAGCAGAUUGGAAUGUUCUGCUACAGUGGGCUAACACCAGAACAGGUUGACCGCUUAACAAGCGAAUAUCAUAUCUACAUGACCCGAAAUGGCCGUAUCAGUAUGGCUGGUGUUACGACAGAGAAUGUGGGAUACCUUGCGAAUGCUAUACAUGAAGUCACCAAGUCAUCUUAAACUAUUUAUAUGCAAAUAAGACAGGAGGGCUAAUUUGUUCUUCUGCAAUUGUUUUCAUGGGAACUGAAAGUUUAUCCAUAAACAGUAACUUAUCAGUGCAUUUUUUCUUAUCUGCGCAAUAAAAAAAAGCAGCAUUUGGACACAAA